AGUCCGCAGGCCGAUACUCUAUCCACUGAGCCAAACCGGCCUGGGCCCAGUCAGCUUAUUUUUAUAAAGGUAAUACAUGCCCAUGCCACAACUUUCUAAAAGGUAUAAGGGAGAAGUCGCCAUCUCUCCAGCUGCCCAGACUCCCCCCAGGGGAAGCCACCAAUAUGAGUUUCUUGCCUGUGCUUUGUUGGGCUGCUUUCCUCUCGCGUUGGUUGGGUGGUGUUUGUGUGGAAUUACACACUGAGAGCAUCAUGCCCUUGUAGUGUUUAGGGCCUCUCAAGGUCAACGGGCCCUGAGACUAUCAGCCAUGGCAGGGACCGGGGCCCCAGACAGGCCUCUGGCUGAUUGAGACCAGAUCCACUCGGCAAGAAGCUAUGGCUCAGACAUAGGGUGGUUGGACCAAAGGGGCCUGUCAACUCCGUCCCCACCUGCCUCCUUAACUCCAACUCCCUCCCUCCCCCCAUUCUGUUCCUGGGCUCCAACUACAUGGUUAGGGCAGGGUAGGGGCAAAGGCCCAGGGGCAAGAAAUAGAAAAGGUGCCAGUUUCACAGGGGUCAUUCUAUCCACCUCUCUGCCCCAGGGGCACCCCUGCAGAUGUGAAUGCUGGGAAGGCGAGGGCAGCCUCCUUCAGAAGCAUCUACAGGUCUUGGCUGUUGGGGACCCGCCCCUUCCCACUACAACUUCCCCACACUCCCUGAGCCUCAGGUCCCUUGUCUGUAAAGUGGGACAGUACCUGCUUCACAGGGCUAUUGUGAGGAGUAAAUCAGGCGAGGGUCGUGAAGGACCUUAUAGCACAAUGUCCGGCACACGGCAUGAUUGCAGUACAUGCAGCGAUCACUGUGACCAUUAUUAUUAGCUCGGAACAGGGAAGGCAGUGUGGAAGCAGCUGGGAGGAGGAAGAGAUGGCGUGUGACUGUGUGGGUUCACAUGUAUGAAGCAUGAUCUUCUCCCGGAGGGUGCAAGGUGUACACGUGUCCUUAUUUGUGGAAUGCCAUGCUCCGAAGGCCUUUGAUGGCAGACAUGUGGAAAGUGGGCCCUAACCCCACCCCCACUGCCACCGUCUCUGCUAAAAUGAGAAGUACAGUGAGUUCCCCCAAGGGGGCCUCGCCCCUUCCUGUCCCCGCCCUGUCGGCAGCCCUGGGCCAUUGGAGUGGCAGCCCCAGAACCAGGACUACAGGGUGGUGAGGCGGCCUGGGUGCUGAGGGCCGCGUUUGAGGCUUAGCCCUAGCGGUCUCCGCUUGCCCGGACUCCCCGGCACUACCUCGUUCCCGGCACCCCCUUCCUUUUGGGGAGCCCCCAGGAUGGUGAGGUGGUUUCACCGAGACCUCAGUGGGCUGGAUGCAGAGACCCUGCUCAAGGGCCGCGGUGUCCAUGGGAGUUUCCUGGCUCGGCCGAGUCGCAAGAACCAGGGCGACUUCUCCCUUUCUGUCAGGGUAGGGGACCAGGUGACCCAUAUUCGGAUCCAGAACUCGGGGGAUUUCUACGACCUGUAUGGGGGGGAGAAGUUUGCGACGCUGACGGAGCUGGUGGAGUACUACACGCAGCAGCACGGCGUCCUGCAGGACCGCGACGGCACCAUCAUCCACCUCAAGUACCCGCUUAACUGCUCUGACCCGACCAGUGAGAGGUGGUACCAUGGCCACAUGUCUGGGGGGCAGGCGGAGACACUGCUGCAGGCCAAGGGUGAGCCCUGGACGUUUCUUGUGCGUGAGAGUCUCAGCCAGCCUGGAGAUUUUGUGCUGUCUGUGCUCAACGACCAGCCCAAAGCUGGCCCAGGCUCCCCGCUCAGAGUCACCCAUAUCAAGAUCAUGUGUGAGGGUGGACGCUACACGGUGGGCGGUUCAGAGACCUUCGACAGCCUCACGGACCUGGUGGAGCAUUUCAAGAAGACGGGGAUUGAGGAGGCCUCGGGAGCCUUUGUCUACCUGCGGCAGCCAUACUACGCCACGCGGGUGAAUGCGGCCGACAUCGAGAACCGGGUCUUGGAACUGAACAAGAAGCAGGACUCGGAGAACACAGCCAAGGCUGGAUUCUGGGAGGAGUUUGAGAGUCUGCAGAAGCAGGAGGUGAAGAACCUGCACCAACGGCUGGAAGGGCAGCGGCCAGAAAACAAGAGCAAGAACCGUUAUAAGAACAUUCUCCCAUUCGACCACAGCCGAGUGAUCCUGCAGGGGCGGGACAGUAACAUCCCCGGGUCCGACUACAUCAACGCCAACUACAUCAAGAACCAGCUGCUAGGCCCUGAUGAGACCUCGAAGACCUACAUCGCCAGCCAGGGCUGCCUGGAGGCCACGGUCAACGACUUCUGGCAGAUGACGUGGCAGGAGAACACCCGUGUCAUCGUCAUGACCACCCGAGAAGUGGAGAAAGGCCGGAACAAAUGUGUCCCGUAUUGGCCAGAGGUGGGCACUCAGCGUGUGUAUGGAUCCUACGCUGUGACCAGCUGUGGGGAACAAGACACGGCUGAGUACAAACUCCGCACCUUACAGGUCUCCCCACUGGACAAUGAGAACCUGGUGCGGGAAAUCUGGCACUACCAGUACCUGAGCUGGCCUGACCAUGGGGUCCCGAGUGAGCCUGGGGGCGUCCUCAGCUUCCUGGACCAGAUCAAUCAUCAGCAGGAAAGUCUGCCUCACGCAGGGCCCAUCAUCGUGCACUGCAGCGCGGGCAUCGGCCGCACGGGCACCAUCAUCGUCAUCGACAUGCUCAUGGAGAGCAUCACCACCAAGGGCCUGGACUGUGACAUUGACAUCCAGAAGACCAUCCAGAUGGUGCGGGCCCAGCGCUCGGGCAUGGUGCAGACGGAGGCGCAGUACAAGUUCAUCUACGUGGCCAUCGCCCAGUUCAUUGAAACCACCAAGAAGAAGCUAGAGGUCAUGCAGUCCCAGAAGGGCCAGGAGGCCGAGUACGGGAACAUCUCCUACCCCUCAGCCAUGAAGAACACCCACGCCCAGGCCUUCCGCACCUCCUCCAAGCACAAGGAGGAUGUGUACGAGAAUCUGCAGAGUAAGAGCAAGAAGGAGGAGAAGGUGAAGAAGCAGCGGUCAGCAGACAAGGACAAGAGCAAGGGCUCCCUCAAGAAGAACCUCAGCCCUGUCCCCUUAGAGAAGUCUCCAGAGAACAGCAGCAGCCUGAACCUAGGAGCUGCCCGCCCAACUCCAUUGUAAUUUAAAUGGUCGUGUUACCACCUCCCUCUCCCAGACUCUGUAAAUAGCCCAGCAAGGCUCCAGGCGGGGCCAGACCCUCCUACACUGUAAAUAAAGCCCCUAGGAUCACGGUG